UAGGAAGUCUCGCGGCUUUCUAUACUGUAAGACAGUUUUGUCUGUAACGAGAUCACGAAGUCAUCAUGGCAGGCUACCAAAUACUUCUACCUAUCGGUGUAUUUAUUAUAUCAAUUUGUACAGCAAAGGAGGCCGAUUUCUCUGUUGAAAAGCUUCAUGUUAAUUCUAUUAUAACUCAUCGCUUCGCCACCACACACGUGACAAGUGUGUUGGUGAAUUUAGGGUAUUCCCCCAAAGAGGCCAUCUUCGAUAUUCGACUGCCAAAAGGUGCAUUCAUUUCCAACUUCUCCAUGACCAUCGAGGACAAAGUUUACGUGGGUUACAUAGAGGAAAAAGAGGCUGCUCAGAAAACGUACGACGCUGCCGUGGAACGUGGUCAGUCUGCGGGUCAUAUCAGGGCAAGAGAAAGCAACAAAUUCACAGCCUCUGUCAAUGUUGCGGCAGCCAUGAGUGUUACCUUCGAAUUAACGUACCAAGAACUGCUGGAAAGACGAUUGGGCCUUUACGAACACGUAAUCUACAUUGACCCGGGUCAACCCGUAGCUGACAUGAAGGUCGAUGUAUACAUCGUGGAAUCUCGCGUGAUCACAGACCUCAGCGUCCCACCAAUAAGCAAUGACCUUAUCACAGAUGUCAUUAUAGAUGACACAAAUGAGUACGCCCGGAUUGACAUACUGUCAGAAUCCUCGGCCCACAUCGCUUUCUCUCCGACGCCAGAAGAGCAGAGGCACUUCUCCGAACAGGGGGUCUCCGGACAAUUUAUCGUCAAUUAUGACGUGGAGCAUGAAAUGGACGGCGUUGGAGAGAUUCUGGUAGUGGAUGGCUAUUUCGUCCACUUCUUCGCUGCCGGAUGGCUCGAGCCUCUAAGCAAACGAUUGAUGUUUGUCAUGGACACCAGCGGGUCAAUGAGCGGGAUUAAGAUUCGCCAGAUGAAGCAAGCUUUGGUGACUAUCUUGAAUGAACUUAGCCCGGAUGAUGAGUUUGGAAUUCUCACUUUCAGCAGUGGCGUUCAAAAAUGGAAAGGGGGAGAGAUAUUACCAGCCAGUCUCCAAAACAUUGAACAAGCUAAACUUCAUGCUGAAACCUUGAUAGCUUCUGGGGGUACGAAUAUUAAUGCCGCUUUGCUUCUUGGACUUGACUUGUUAUCCGGCGACUCAGACAAAUCAAACAUGUUGAUUUUCUUGACGGAUGGUCAGGCUACAUCUGGUGUCACCUCUUCGACGAAAAUUCUACAAAACAUCAAGACUUCAAAUGACGGUGUGUCCAUUUUUUCAUUGGCGUUUGGUAGUGGUGCAGAUUUUAGUUUACUUCAACAAAUCUCUGGUCAAAACAAUGGCCUAGCCAGAAAGAUUUAUGAAGAUGCUGACGCUACGUUGCAACUCACAGGAUUCUACGAUGAAAUCUCGUCGCCGUUGUUGUCUGAGUUGAAAAUAACUUACCUUGGAGAUGUCGAUAACAGUUCCCUAACUGAGAACACGCUCCAUUGCCUGUUCGAUGGGGCAGAGAUGGUUGUGGCCGGUCGACUAUCGCUGGACAACAACAGCAACAGUGUUCCCACCAUCGACAUUAAUAUAGAAGGGAACCUCGUGGAUUCGACUCUUGUGAUUGACCAGACGUUCAAUAUGACCGAUAUUACCCUAGAGGAUAUUCCCACAGCAUCAGCCGAGGAUAUCCAAGAAUUCACCCACAGGCUCUGGGUGUACCUGACCAUAAAACAAUUAGUAGCCACCACACAGCAGGCUUCAGAUCCGCAAAAAGUGCAAGAGGCCAAAAACAAGGCUAAGGAAUUGGCCUUGAAGUACAACUUUGUGACACCGUUCACAUCGAUGGUUGUGACGAAACCCGGAGACGGCGACGAAGAAGACAAGGAGGUGAUGGGCGGCAGACGGCAACAUGAUGAAGACGAUGUCUUCUACGAAGACUACGACUAUCAACCUAUGCCAAUUCAGCCCCCACAAUACGGAGGAUAUCUGCCAGGAUUACCGGGAUUUCCUGGACUGAGCGGUCCAUCCGGCUUAAGGCCUGAUAUGGUACCCAAAAUGGUAACAAUGCGAGGAUUUCCUAAAUACACUACGACGAGACCAGCGUUUAACAUUUGGGCAAGAAGGACAACAACAACAGCAGCAACAACAACAACAACAACAGCACCCAAGAGACGACUGUAUGUCACUACGACUCUUCCACCGAAGGUAUCGAAAGGUUACCUUCCGGCCAUAAAUGUACGUUUAAAUGACCAACAGUCGCCAGGAGUGGCGAUGAACGUUUGUUUUGACAUCCCAUUGACCGCCUCCAAACCCGAGUACACCAUCCUCAGGACGGGGGAGACAGAUGUAUCGGGCAAAGUUUCCCGCGCUUACACCAAUGGGAAAAAGUUCGCUCAAAUUGACAUCAAAACGCCAAACAUCACAGUAAAGAUCACGACCCGAACUUUGCGAUUCGAGGGGAAAAAAACCAUCGCCUGGUGGCAACUUAAAAAAGUUAACAUUAGCCAAGGGGAAGUAACCGCCUCUGGUGGACUGAAGCUCGACCUCGGAGGCGAUUUAUAUGUCACGGUUAAUGUGUACGGUAUUCAGAGCAGAAGAUCUCGUGUCAAGCCUUUCCUCGCCGUCUCCGUGAACUCUGCUAACUGGGCGUACGUACAACCAACUGGCCUCGUGGGAAGAAUUUUGAAGUUGAAAGAGCCCCGAGUGAAAGGAAACCAGCUGAUGUAUAGGAAACCAGUCCAGAAAUCUGUCCCUGUGCAAGAAUAUACACUGCUGGAAAACGACAUUUGUAACCGUAUUACAGAUUCCAACACUGUCACUCAUUUAUUACAGCUGUAACAUACAUGUGGUAUUAACGGCUGACAAAUGUGUUUAGGUUGUGCCAAAUCAAGACUUACCAUAUAGCUCACAUUGGCUGUGAUCAGAAUACUCAGUCUGUAACAAAGAUUCCAAGAUGGCAUACCUGUAUCGUACCACACAGGUUACGGCAUGAUAAAUAUACAUUGCCCACUGCCAAAGAGGCUUUCUUAGAAGUCAAUCACUGUAUUCCAGUAGUGUCAUGGGAUAAAUAUAGGAAACGUUGGUGAAAAAAAUUGUUUGCGAUUACAGGCUACUAGAUUAAGUUUGAUGUUUUUGUCAAAUGGUAUUAAGUGACCCAAAAUGUGUAAGGGUGAAUUGUCACUGUAAGUGACUUGACAAACAACACAAGAAAACCUAAAAAAAACGUCGUUUUUGUUAAUGGAGUUUAAUAGUGGUCUGUAACAAUUUUGGAUAUUGUUAAAUUAUGUGUUUCAGGGUGGGGGGGAGGAUGUAAAUAUUGAAAGGCUUUUGAAUAAAUGACAACAUCGAAGUAAUGCAAAAUGUUAGGCGUUCUGAGUGUCUGUUUAUCUUUAUUGACAACAUUACAGUAUAAUAUCCCUCCGGAAACUGUUUUACGGAACCAGUUUGUGUCCAAGUCCAAAACUUUAUCUUCUUUGCAAAAAGACAAAAGAAAAAAACCAAAAAAAAACCAAAAAAAACCCCGUCAAAUCUCUGAGAUUACAAUUUUGGGCUACAGCCCCUUGCCUACUUCUUCUCGCCAGAGGCUGACUAUACAAAUAGGUAGAAACAUUUUCAUCUUGAAAUCAUUCACCUACAGGUAUAUGUGCGAUAAUGUGAUCGGAAAUUUUAUCCCCCGAAAAGAGAAUUUUUACAAAAAAUGUCAGAAUCAUGCAAUGUUAGCAACUUAGCAAACGCCAAAAUUUUCGAUCAUUUAUACUGUUUAUCAUGGCGAUAUAUAGUGAUUAUCAUAUAGAUACAAAGGUAAAGUUUGGGCAUCUGACUAAAAAUACAGAACAAUCGCUUUUAUAUAUGCAUAGCACAUAAUGUCCCAAAGUACCUGCAUGAUCAGCCAGGGCCCAAUUGUUCAAAACUGUUUAAAUCAAAAAUAAAAAAUACCAGAUUUAUUUUUAA